CAGCUGCACAAGUCUUGCCGUCUAAUCCCCGAAACCUUCUUCUUCUUCUUCGGCACCGCCGCCCCGCCCUCCGACCACCACCGUGUUGUUUCCACCUUCCGAUUCCAUCCCUACUGUUUCUUCCUCCUCCAAAUUCAAUUGAAUUUUGGAGAAUUUAAUUUCGAAAGUUUGUCCUAUUUCUGAAAUCCUAGAAAUCUCUCCAAAUUGGAGAUUAGGAGGAGGUACCUGUUAGUGGACGUGAAGGAAGAAGAAUAAGAAUGAUGGGUUAUGAGCAGGGCUUGGAAGAAGCCCAUCUCUACGCAUCGAAGGAGCAGAUGGCUUCCCUAGUUCUGUCAGACCAUCAUCCUUCGCCACCGUCCAACGGUUCAAAGUCUUUGGAAGAUCCUCUCUACUCAUCUCCACCGUUCGCGGAGAUCCACGCGAAUGAUAACCACCCACUGCACUCUCCUCCGCCGAAGCAAACUGUAGACCCUACCCACACCUCCCUCAAUUCAUUCCUCGAGCCCCCCUCUUAUGCGGAGGCAGUUUUCCAAUCCUUCGACUUGGAUUCCGGCAAUGUCCGCAGCCUCGAUCACUCCCCAUCGGCUUCGCAAUCGUUUUCAUCCGAUUAUCUCCGGAUUUCCGUUUCGGAUCCGAGGAAGGAGCAGGAUGUAGCAGGUUCCCUUGUGCCAGGUGGAGGCUAUUACUUCUCUUACCUGAUUACAACUUUUACGAAUUUUCCUGAGUUCAGUGGAACAGAAUUCAAUGUUAGGAGAAGGUUUAAAGAUGUGGUAGCUUUGUCCGAGAGAUUAGCUGAGAGCUACCGCGGUUUCUUCAUACCAAUGAGGCCAGAUAAGAGUGUUGUCGAGAGUCAGGUGAUGCAGCAAAUCGAAUUUGUGGAGCAAAGGCGUUCUGCAUUGGAGAAAUAUUUGCGACGAUUGGCUGCCCAUCCAGUGAUAAGGAGGAGUUCGGAACUACGGGUGUUCUUGGAGGAUUCUGGAACAACGGAUGUUGCUCCAAGGAUGGUAGAUCAGCAGGUUGGCUCGUCCCCAUCCCUGGGGAGUGUUGAUGGUGGAGCAGCAGCAGCGGGUAUGAGUGAUGGGACGCAGGCCGCCAAAACUGGGAGAGAUUUCUUCAGGAUUUUUAGGGAGUUGAAGCAGUCGGUGACAAAUGACUGGGGAGGUACAAAGCCACCACUUGUUGAGGAGGAUAGGGAGUUUGUGGCUAGGAAAGAAAAAUUGCAGGAGUUUGAGCAGCAGCUCAGCAAUGUGUCACAGCAGGCAGAAUUACUUGUCAAAUCCCAGCAAGACAUUGGGGAGACAAUGGGGCAACUGGGGCUGGCAUUUGUUAAAUUAACCAAGUUUGAAACAGAGGUAGCAAUCUAUGACUCCCAAAGAGCACGUGCUGCGGAUAUGAAAAAUGUUGCAACAGCUGCUGUAAAAGCAAGCAGAUUAUUUCGAGAGUUAAAUGCACAAACUGUCAAACAUUUGGAUAAGCUUCAUGAAUAUCUGGGAGUGAUGCUAGCUGCCAACAAUGCAUUUUCAGAGCGAUCAAGUGCUUUGCUAACUGUUCAAACACUUUUAUCAGACUUAGCGUCAUUAAAUUCUAGGAUUGAAAAGCUUGAGGCCGCCUCGUCGAAGAUAUUUGGUGGUGAUGGAUGGAGAAUUAAGAAAAUUGAAGAGCUGCAAGAAAGCGUACGGGCGACUGAGGAUGCUAAAAAUUCUGCACUUCGAGAAUAUGAGCGAAUCAAGGAUAACAAUAGAAAGGAGCUAGAGAGAAUAGACAAAGAGAAGCAUGAUGAUUUUGUGAGUAUGCUCAAAGGAUUUGUUGUUAAUCAGGCUGGAUAUGCAGAGAAGAUGGCAAGUGUUUGGAAGGCAGUUGUGGAAGAAACCAGUGAGUGGAUUUGUGAAUAAAUGAAUUCUAAACGUACAUAUAUUAAUGUUCAUCUAGAUUUUUUAUUUUCUUGUCUUUUGCCUUUGUACUUAAUUCUUCUCAAGGUUGAACUUCAUGUUGUUUUUUGCCUUGUAAUUUUCCCAGUGGACAUAACCAAUGAUUCACUUCUCUUUAAUGUUAUUAUUAUCUUGAAUU